UCUCCCCUCUCCGGGGAUGAUGAACACCUCAGCCAACUGCUCCGGCCCGGACUCUGGGUCUGGGGACGGACAGAGUGAGGGUGAGCGGCUGCUAGUUCGCCUCCUGUCCUCCCUCACCUCCUUCGCCCUCCUCUGCUUCUUCAGCGCGGCGAUCGGUGGCGCGGUGCUGUCGGCCGACCGUCUCCGCUCCCAGACCCGCUUCGUUCUGCUGCUCCAUCUGCUCCUGUCGGCUCUGUUGUACUUCGGCCUGAGCUCCGGCUUCUACCUGGUGCAGUUGUCGGGCGCUGCCGUGCCGGGAGGCGGCUGCCAGGCGCUGCUGCUGAUGCUGAUGGUGUGUGGCUCCUGUAUCCUGCUCACCUUGACCCUGAUGGCUGUAGACCGCUACCUGGCUGUGUGUUACCCUCUCCGCUACAGCUCCAUGUGCCCCGGCCACCGAGCCCGCUACAUCUGCCCCUUCCUCUGGCUCCUCUCCUCCAUCCUCCCCCUGGUCCUGGUCAGCCAGCAGCAGCCGCCCAUCUCUCUCUCCUCCGUCUCCGGCCACUGCUCGACCUCCUGCCAACUGCGCUCCGGACACCAGCUCAGGCAGAGUUGUAAGUUCGCGCUGAUCGGCGCAUGCACCCUGUUGAUUCUCUUCAGCUACCUGAAGAUCUUGGCCGAGAGCCGACGGAUCGGGACUCUGACCCGGCACAACCGGCGGGCCAGAAGCACCAUCCUCAUGCAUGGAGCCCAGCUGGCCGUCUAUAUCAUCCCCGCCUUCAUCACCUUCCUGCUCCAGCGUCUAGCCCAGGCCGGCCGCCUGCAACAAUGCACCAAGGUUCGCUUCGAAGGGGUCAACUACGCCUUCUUCAGCCUUGCCCAGUGCAUCAGCCCCGUUAUCUACGGCUUGCGGAAAGACGAACUCCGGCAUCUGCUCUCCCACAAGUUCCCCUGCUACCCCCGCCACUACAAGCCGGCCCUGCGUUGGACUGUCCUCCGCCGACUGCCCAGCCCUGAGCGGCCGCCAAACCCAACCCUCUCCCCGGGCUGAAACCCCCCUGCCUCUGGACCUGCAGCGUGGAGAGGGGUGGACACAGAGAGAGAGGGACCUCGGCACCCAAUGUGGGUCUCAUCAACUUAUCACCAUCAUCAGUCUGAAGAAGGGUCUCGACCUGAAACAUCACCCAUCCAAUCCUUCCCUCCAGAGAUCCAGCUGAGUUACUCCAGCACUUUGUGUCUAUCUAGCGUCUUAUCAACACUUGACCGACCAACUCUUGGUCGACUCGAUCUUGGCUGGAUGGAUGGAUGGACGGGGAGAGAGAGAGAGACUCCUGUGCCGAAUGUGGGCCUCCUCGUCAACAUUGGACUUGCUCUUCCCAACAGGUUGACAGUGUUGGUCAACAGACAGCGAGGAUGGAUGGAGAAGGAGAGGGAGAAACUCGGCGGCCAAUGUUGAUCUCAUCACCAACACUUGACUCCUGGGCAAUGAUGGAUGGAGAGGGAGAGAGAACGAGAGGGACCUUGGGGCCCAUGUUGACUUUUCAUCCACACUAGACCUUGCCCUACAAAGUGGUUGGGUCAGCUUUGGUCAACAGGCAGCGAGGAUGGAUGGAUGGAGGGAGGAAAUACCAACAUCAAUACUCGAUCUGCCAACUGGUUGACUUAAUCUUGGUCGAGUCAGCAAAGAUGCAUGGAUGGAUGGAUGGAGAGAGACCAUCAUCUUAUCAACUCUGAACUUGCCCUGAAAGCUGGUUGACUCGGUAUUGGAUGAGAGAUAGGAUGGAGACACCAGUGCUGAUUGUGGGGGUUUAUCAUCAACAUUGGACUUGCCCAACCAACUGGUAAUCAGGUCUUGGUCAACAGAUAGCGGGGAUGGACAGGGUGAGAGAUCCCAUCAUCUCAUCAUCAACUCCGGACUUGCAAACUGGUUGACUCAGUCUUGGUCGAGAGAUGGCAAGGAUGGAGAGAGGACAGGAAAGGCACUGCAAAUGCCGAUUUGGACCAAAGUCUCGACCCAAAAGGUCCCUUUUCCUCCAGUGAUGCUGCCAGAACUUCAUUUCCAUCUCCAAAAUGGCUUUCUGUCCCCUGCCAAGUGUAACCAUGGACUUUCGUGCGGAAUGUGAGGAGAUGGGCCGCGUUGGGUUGGUACAAGAGGUCCACAGACUGGGUGGCAGGAGGGAGAAGGGUCAAGUCCACACAGGGACCUGCCUGGCAGAGGGAUUGAGCCAUCGAGAGAUGAAGCUAUGCUUUGGGACGUUGCUAUGGAGCCUCACUCUCACUCCUACCCCUGCCCAACAUAUACAGCAGGGACUGGAGAAGCCCCCUCCCCAAACACCACCAUCCAUGUCUUCCACAGAUGCUGCCUGAUCUCAGAGUCUUUGGUGUUUGGCCCAACUCUACGGCCAGUGCAGAGAAUGAUGGGGUGGGCGAGCCUCGAUGCAAGAGAGUGGCCGGCUGGAGCUCAGGCCCGUUGCAAGACCACCUUGGCUACAGACGGCCAAAUUACAACCCAGCCACCCAUCUCCAGACACACGUGGAUCUACAACAACACGGCCAUCGUGAAGGGGUUGGGUGGCAUCUACUGCCUACGUUGGAGUGAGUGUGGACCUUCUAAGACUGCAACAAUGGACAGUGUUUUCCACCUUGGUCUACAGACUUUGCCGAACAAUAGCAACCGUUAUAUUACUGAUGGAUGGAUUUUAACUUUAAAUUGCAGCCUUGCUCUUGCCAGUGAGAGGUUUUGUGGCUUUCCCACUGGUUUAAUUAAAGUAAGUUUUUGUU